UUAUAGGAUAUUAGGUCGUUUUUUAAGCCUGUUUCGAAAAAUACGCCGGCAUCUCCACAGGCUCCACAACAGCACAAGAAAAGAGCCAGACGUUUAAUAGACUCUGAUGAUGAAGACAUCGAAACUCCGCCUAAAAAGAUUAUCAAAACGAAAAUCCACAAAGAGAAGAUUAUAUCCUUGGAUUCUGACGAUGAAUCAAGCUCGAAAAAUCCCGUUAAAAAAACCGAAUCAAGCAAACUAAAACCCAUUAAUUUAGACAUGUAUGAUAAACCUAUUAAGCAAAGUCCUGUUGUUGUUAAACCUAAGACAGAAUCCCUACAAAACAGGGAAUUGAAAAAAUCGAAACAGAAAAAGAAAGUUAAAACCGAAAGCGCAGUACAUGGAGAUUCGGCGUUUGAAAAAACGCUUAUGGAAUUGGACGAUGAUUCAAUCUUCGAUAAUAUAGAUUUCCCAGAUUUGAAGGCAAAAAAAGAUUUGGAUAAUGAAAACGGUCAGGAUGUCAAAUCUAGCAAUGAAAAAUUCACUAGUGAACCUCAACAAGGCAGUUCUAAAGGCAAUUCCCCGGACCAGCCUCUAAAUAAAUCCAAAACCUUCUCAGGGAGCACAAGAGAACCAUCAACAGAUAAAACUCCUAAAAAAACAAAAACAAAAAUAGAACAUACCGAUUCUGGUAUUGAUCCUGAUCAAGAAGCCCAUGAGAAGCGUAUAUAUUCUGCGAUGCUCUAUCAAAAAUACAAGAAUAGAGGUGGGCCAAAAAUGCAUGGUCAGAAACAGCAGCCAAAAGGAAAACCUGAUUGUCUUAAAAAUUUAACGUUUAUAAAAACAGGAGUAUUGGAAUCAUUGGAAAGUGAUGAGUUUGUUAAUAUCAUUGCAGAACACGGUGGACGAACAGUUAAAGCUAUUUCAAAAAAAGUCAAUUAUGUGGUUGUUGGAGACGAACCAGGCCCUGCAAAAUUGGAAAAAGCGAGAAGUUUUAAUAUACCCGAAAUAAGUGAAGAUGAGCUUUUUGAUUUAAUUUUGGUUAAAUCUGGCCAAAAACCGGAAUAUGUUUUAAAAUCAACUGCAUCUGUAGAUUCAGGCGGAUGCUUUGAAGAAGCCACAACUGCAAAAGAAGUGAAUGAAAAAAAGAGAAAAAUCAGUACAGAAGUUGAAGAAAAAAAAGAUAAAAAAAUUAAUCUUAACAAAUUGAAUGUUGAAGAGAAAAUUACCAAAAACAAAGAUAUUGAUAACAAUAAAUCACCAGAAAAAUCUCAUGAGAAAUCUCAUACAACCUCCACAAUUAAAUCACAUAAAACAUCCACACAAAAAAGCCCAACAGAAAAAGUGACAACCCAAAAUGACAAUAAAAAAACUGAAUCAUUUGCGACAGAAAACAAGAAUUCAGUCGAAACAUUUUUGCCAUGGACCGAAAAAUACAAACCCCAAAACGUGAAGGAAAUCAUCGGACAGCAAGGCGAUGGCACAAACGUGGCGAAACUAAAGAAAUGGCUAUUAAAUUGGCACAAAAAUCAAAUACCCGAGAUUAAAAAGAAAAUCAUCCGGCCAUCGCCUUGGGCAAAAUUCGACGAUGGGGCCUAUUUCAAAGCAGCUCUCUUGAGCGGUCCACCUGGGGUAGGUAAAACCACAACCGCCACGCUAGUUUCAAAAGAACUGGGUUUCGAUAUCGUCGAUUUCAACGCGUCCGAUACUAGAAGCAAGAAACUGUUGCAGGAAGAGGUGGCUCAAAUAUUGAAAACUACUACGAUCGCAGGCUUUGCUGCAGGUAAGGCAACUGCAAACAAAAAGCGAGUAUUAAUAAUGGACGAAGUAGACGGAAUGGCUGGGAACGAAGACAGAGGAGGCAUCCAGGAAUUAAUAAAUUUAAUAAAAACAUCAAACGUUCCUAUAAUAUGCAUGUGCAACGACAGAAAUCACCAAAAGAUGAGAUCUCUAGUGAACUAUUGUUUCGAUUUGAAAUUUACUCCUCCAAAGAUCAAUCAUAUCCAGGGGGCCAUGAUGUCAAUAUGCUUCAAAGAGGGACUGAACAUACCUUUAAAGGUGCUAAUCGAAAUCAUAGCGGGCACCGGUUGUGAUAUUCGACAAACUUUAAACAACUUAACCAUGUACGCAGCCAGCGAGGAGAACAACACAUUAGAGGACGUUCAGAAGAAAUCCCAAGCUUCCAAAAAGGACACUGUUUUGGGUCCGUGGGAAGUCGUCCGAGCCGUGUUCACUCCUACAGAAGGAACUCCUUUAGCUGAGAAAACCAAAUUAUUCUUUUACGAUUACAGCUUGGGGCCGUUGUUUGUUCAAGAGAACUAUUUGGCUGUGACGCCAAAUUGCAGCACCAAGAAGGGUAUGCUAAAAAGGGUAGCUCAGGCUGCAGAUGCCAUUAGCAGAGGCGAUUUAAUAGACGCCAAAAUUCGAAGUACAAAUAGCUGGUCCUUGCUCGACUGUCAAGCUAUAUAUUCUUCAGUUUUGCCUGGACAUUACAUGAGCGGUAAAUUUACGAAUAAAAUCAAUUUUCCUUCUUGGUUGGGGAAGAAUUCUGCUCGCAACAAGCGCAAGAGACUUUUAAGCGAAUUAUACGCCCAUACUAGAGCGUGUACGUCCGGUAACAUUUGCGCUUUAAAAUUGGAUUAUUUGACACCUUUGAGAAACGCCAUAAUUACACCUAUGAUUAAAAACGGUACAGGAGGCGUUAAUGAAUCAGUCGAUGUUAUGCAAAGAUACAAUUUGUUAAGAGAGGAUCUAAACAGUCUCCUGGAACUUUGCCAAUGGGGUAAUAAUAAAAAUCCGUUCAGCACAGUCGAUGCUAAGGUAAAAGCCGCGUUUACUAGAGCCUUCAACAAAUCUAAUCAUAAAAUGGCAUUUUCGGCGGGAGCAGCAUUUUCCAAAAAGAAAACGUCACGGGGAGACGAAGAUUAUGAGAAUAAUUAUGAAUCUGAAACUGAUGAAGAUGAUAAUGAUGAUGUAAAUGCGGAUUCUUUAAUUAAAGUAAAAGUAAAGAAAUCAGCAGAAUCCAAUGAAACUAAAAAAGGCAGUUCAAGUAAAACAAAGGAGGCGAGUAAAGGAAAAGGAAAAGGAAAGGGGAAAACAAAAAAAUAG